AGUAAACAGUUGUUUUUUGUUUGUUGUGGUUUUUUGACUGAGACACCUGACUGUGGGUGUGUAUAUGGUGGCCUCAUGUUCUAGUAAGAAGGUGGUUCAUGGUCAAGUUUCUCAUAAUAAUCACUUUUAAAAAUAGAACCAUACAAGAAAACGAGGCUUGCUCCAAUUUUGUUUAACCCACAGCUGAGCUAAAUGAGUGUUUUCCCUUCGUAUGUUUUCUCACAAUUGCUCUGCUGAGGGUCUGUGCAAAGCAGUGCGGCUGCUGAUUGCAUUCAAGAUAUCAAAGUUACAAAUCCUAGUUAGCUUACUUUCAACAACAGUAAUGCAGGGAAUGACAGGUCAUACCUAGAAAGUGAGGUCAGGCUUUCUGAGAACCAGGUUAUUUAUUUAUUUAUUUUGCUUUGAAUAUGAGACUGAAUCUCAAUCCAAAAGUCCGGCAAAGGAAGUUUUAUCUUGCCUAAAGUGAUUAUAAAUAACUACAAGAUGCAAUUUUUGAAUGGUGUGCUAUGAGUAAUCUGGGUGUGGAUUAGUGAAUUACAGUGUAUUAAGGUUUUGUGCUGCAGUAAAUAUUAUUGCAGAUCAUGAUGCUAUGCCUUUUCAAGGAGGAGAGUUGCUGAGAAGGCACCUGAGAGUAAUUAUAAGGGAAAACAUCUAUUUACAGGUUGAAAGUUUGUAUUUAUUCAGUGUUAAAACAGCUUCUGCACUUGGACUGGAGUCUGCAGAGCUGGAGCUGUGAUGAACCCAGUGCUGCAGCCUGCACUUCAAGGGGGAAGAUGAGGGAGGGAUUGCUGCAUUUGGGGUGUUGGGACUGUGGGUGAGAGGAAUGUGAGGUUGACCAGGACCAGAUAAGCAGAAGUGAGACUGUGGGAAUAUAUAUGGUAGGAAGCCAGAGUGGUAAGACGUGUGGCAAGUAGUAGAGACUAUAAAAGAGGGAAUGCGGAGAGGAGGGCUGGAUUGUGAAAGCAUGGAAUAUAAGCAGUGAUGUGAGGGAAGAAUUGUGCAGAUCAAAAUGGUAUGGUAAAGAAUAGGAUUCCCAAUGGUGUAACAAUACCUUCAGGGUUAUAUUCUUACCCACAAAGUUAUAAAAAUAAUCCUGCAGGCACCCCAUGGCAGCUUGUUUUCCAUUCCUAGAGGCAGCUGUGCUGUUAUGUGUCCUCUAACUGUGAUUUAGGGAGGUUUGUCUUCAUGCAUAUUGAUGAGCAAGAAAAGGAGCAACCUGGAAUGCCUGAAUUAUACAAGAAUCCCCAAGGAGAAAGGAGUUCUCUACAAGAAAGGUGAGGAAGGAUGUGUAGCUGAUAGGGCCUGGUCUUGUUUGCAUUUCCAUUGCAUUAGAGACUGAGAGAUGUUUGAUAUCAAUCAGCUGGGGGUGGGAAGAAAGUGCUCAAAUGUAUAGAGAGGUAGCAGAGGUAUUCCAGUUGAUGGCAAGCUCCAGUGCCUGUACCCAUUUUCAUUAGUUCUCUUUUGGUUUGAGUGAUAACUGCCUGGUGCUUCAAUGGUAAAGCUGGUGGUUGACUUCGCCUUUCUGUCUGUUGAUAACCCUGAUUCAUGUGUUGGGAAACAGAGCUUUGCUUAUUUAAAUAUGACAGUAAAGAAUGCGUCUGUUAUUUGUUCUAAUAGACAAGCCUGUUUCUUAGUAAUAGUGUUUAACUGCCAUCAGUGUUUGCUUGCCUCCUCUAGGAUUGCUAUAAGAUAGAUUGGGUGAUGUCUCCAGAUCAGGUGUUUCUUGCUGACAGUACAUUUCAAGAAUCAAUACUCAGCCUUGAAUGAGUGUGGUGCUGAUUAUUCAUUCUGUUUAGUUAUUAGCAUGUCAAGGAAUGACAUCUUGAGAACCCUCAGGUGAAUCAUUUGCUUGUGGUAGAACUUAUUUUUUGAGUGAUUUCCAAACUUUAAUUUUUUGGGGGCUUUCAUCUUUUUGGAACUUGGGUUUUCGUAGUCAAGAAGUUGUUCUCAGUGCAUCACAUCUGAAGACACAGAUGUGUUUUCUUCUUUUCUCUGUUAAAACCCUUGAAUUCACGGGUUUCCUGGGUAAUGGUGGACCAAUGUAAGGACUCAACUUUCCACUUCUGAUGGAGAGUUGGGUUGGUUUCUGCAGAACAAAAACAUGCUGCCAGGAAGAGGAAAAUAAGAUCACUGAAUUUCAGUCUUCAGGCAUGUUUUAAAUGCUCUUGAGAAAAACAACAACAGCAACAACAGGGUGAUGCUGAAAACCCUCCUCCUUGUUUCUUUCAUAAAAGCUAUUUAACAUUUCCCAAAUUUCUCUCCUUUGUUUCAGCAAAGGAAGACUCACUUUGUUUCUGUUGGCAGAUAAACUUCAUAGCUCUCAGCUUUUAGAUGAAGAGAGCCAGAGUACUGAGAAAGGAAUUGCUACCCAACUCCCACUCCUUUGUUUUAAUGACAUGGCUGAUCUUUACCAAGCAUUUUCACUUUUGAUUUUGAGUUUAAAUGCAUAUGAUUGAAAGCUUGGGCACUUUUCCAGUUUUCUUGUUUUCCUUCCUAGAUGCAUCCAUAGAACACUUUUCAAUUCCAACAAUAAAAAUUACCUAUCAGCGAGGAAUAGCAUUUGUACACAUAGUGUUUCAAAAGGAAAACUUAGGUCUAUCUUCUUAUUUGGAUUGAGUAACCUUCUUCUACUUUCUGUGAGGGCUGCUCUGGAAGUAAUGCCUCCUAUUUUAUGAUGUUGGCCCAUGGCAUCGGAUACAGAUGUUGGUGGGGUGGCAAUAGAGGUUGAACCUUCCCAUCAAUAUCCCAUUACGUUUUGUUGCUGUGUGACAGAGGGAAGCAGAGGGGCAAUCUGACAGUGUGGCAUCUGUCCUGGAGGUGUGUUGGAAGCAAAGGUGUGGAAUUUAAUUCCUCCAUGUGGGAAAAAAUGACACAAAUUGACAUUCAUCGAUGCUUUGAGCUGAUGAAAGUAAAAUAUCAGUUGAUACCGGGGGUGCAGUCAGAUUAUAAGUAACUUCAAGUAAAUGAUAAAAAAGUGUUUCAUUCUGAAACAAGCAGUUUAUUUGGGAAUUGUUUGUUGCCUUACAGGUGAACUUCCUGGGCUAAACGCUUCUCUGAAACAAACCUACCUACAAAGGCCUGGCAGUAAAGGAGUCAAUCUUCCUCCUAGUUCCUGUUUCUGGUCAUAUUCUGGUGGGAAUACAAUGAUGAUGGAGGGAAAGUCACUGUAAAAGAAGUCUGGUUUUGCUUUUGAAAACCCAGGUGGGAAUACAGAGAUGUGAAGUUGUGCUUUAACACUCAAUAAUGUGACCGUUGUGUAUAUAUAGCAAGAAAAACCCAAGGUAUCUACGUGCCAGGUGAAGCUCAGCAGCAGACCUGUGAAGAACAACUGCAGUCAGAAUCAAACCAUGUAAACCUUGAGCGUGCUUCUUCAGCUACAACUGCAGACUUCAAGUGGACUUUCUGCGUGGGUGAGGUUAUGAAAUAAGAUGUGAAUUUACUGCAAACUGCUGCUGUUUAUGGGCUUUGUAGGCAGGCGUUCCGUGCAUUCAGAAACUAGCUGAAGGCAAAUACAUGCUUUGUUUCUUGCUUUCUACCAGUUCUUUCAUGCAGCUGAUGGGCUUUGUAGAAGCCUUCCUGCAUUUUGUGGUUAGGGAGAGGAAACUAUGAGCUUUGCAGCACUCCAGACAAAGAUUGUGACAUGAUUUAAAACCGAGCGAAAGUCAGAAGUGGGUGUUUGUGGAUUAAUUUGCCUCAGUGCCAUGGCUGGCAUGUGGGAGAGUGGCCCAAAGCAACUGCCAUUGGGUCGUGUCACUUAGAAGUCUGAUUACUCCAUCAAACGAGUGGCAGAGAAAGCUUUUGCAUUGAAUUAAACUGGAGCUGGGGAUGUGUGAAGGAAGAGCAUGAAGGGCCUUCAUGUGGUUGUUCCUACGCAAAGGAAACGAUGGGUCUUUGUUACCCAUCGUUUUCCAUAGGGCUGUAGAGAUCAAGUGGCUGUCCUCUUGCCUGUGGAAGAUGCACUGCUGAAGGGCUCAACUCAAAUGAUAUUCAAAUACCGCCUCAUGUCUGUCGAGUUCCGUCUCUGUAGUGUAUAAACCCAGCUCUGCCUUUCAGAAGCUGCAGUUGGAAUUACUGAAAGUACAGACAUGAUGUGAUCUUUCUUCUAAGGUCAUCUCUCUCUCAGCUAGCCUGUGGGCAUAGUAAUUCUGUGAUCUGGUUUUGGUUUCUUUCAUGGAAGCCAAGUCUUUCCCGAGUGCACAGAGUUCUCUGUCAGCUCUUCUCAUUUUUCAGUCUGACUCAAAAUGUGCUUCAGUUUUGAAGCUACCAUGCACUGAAAAAAAGAAAGACAUCUUACAUUGAUUCUUUUAUUUUUUCCCUCUUGUAUUACUUUAUCUCCCUUUAUAAAGCAGUAGGAUUAGUUAAGAGGACAAAAACAGAGGUCUUAGAUUGUUACCCACAUUGACUUUAUAUAAGCCACGUUUAUAAAAGAAAAUUGAUUGAAAACAAAGUGCCCAUAUCAUUACUGCUCAGAUGAUCGAUGUGACACGUUUUAGCAGCUUACUUUUUUUGCUUCAAUCAAAUUUUUCAGUGAUUCAACCCAAUCAAAAAGUGAAUAUCCCAGCUGUCCAGAGGAGCUGUGGAUGGUCCCUUCCUGGAGGUGCUCAAGGCCGGAGCUGAUGGUGCUUUGGACAACCUGAUCUGUUGGAAGGUAUCCCUGCACAUGGCAUGGUUGGAACCAGAUGGUCAUUGACAUUCCUUCCAACCCAACCCAUUCUGUGGAUUAAAUUACGGGCCUGUCAUCAUCUCUGCUUUUGCGUAUAAACACUGAGCCCAAAUCUGUUGGUAGAAAUAGAGAAAAUGUGAUGUUUUGAGCUUAGAGUGACUUUGGUAUUUCUACAAGGCGAAACUGUAGCACUGUUGUGUGAAGGUUGCUCUGAAAGUAAUGCCUCCUAUUCUGUGAUAAUGGCCCACAGUGUCAGAGACAGGAGUUGAUGGAGCAGCAGUGCAGGUUGAACCUUCCCACCAAUAUUCUGUUGCAUAUUGUUGCUGUGUGGCUUUAUGGCAGCAGAAAGGUGAUCUGAUGGAAAGGGGUGACCUCCUCUGAUGGGAGUUUGUUUUUUACUAGUGUGGCAUGCAAACUCUUGUUCACUGCUGAUGAAAGCACGUUGUUAAUGGCGGUGACUAUGUUGAAAUAAGCAGGAGGCAUUACUUUCAGAGCAACCUAUGUACUACUUAAUGUGGGGUGAUGUUUGCAUGGAAGCAGUUGGAAUGAAGUUAAUUGAUGGGUGUUGGGUGUGUGAGUUCACAGAUGAACUGAAGUGGGGGUUCUUGCAGGAAGGCUCAGAGCAGCUGAGGAAAUCCUUUUCUUCCCAGAAGAGAGAGGUUCUCUGCUUUCUGGAGUGCUCCUCCAACUUAUGGCUCAGAGUCAGCAAGCAAUUACUGUUAACAGCACUUCUGAACUUUCCUCAUAGGGAGUUGGCUGCUUCGGGUCAUGUUAUCAAGAGCUCCUAUGCUGUAUUUUUCCAUAUGGCAGUGUGGCUUGAUUACUGAGACAUAACGAAGUGGAUCGAUGAGUAUUUAAUACAAAGAUGUGGCACAAAAUAAGGAUCAAUACAAGCUUGAGUAGCUCCGGACUUAGUGAACAGAUACUGAGCGAGGCUGAACUGGACACUGGGAGGGUCCCAGACUUCAGGAGGAGCAACCUGACUGUCUGACCUGCAAUGCUGGGAGCUCAGGAAAGCUAACACUGCUGCAGAUGGCUUCCUGCAGCCUGAGACUGGGACUGUGGCUCCUGCUGCUUCUCCAGGACAUCCAGGGAGCCCCACAGCCUCCAUUCACCUCACCUCAUUCCUGUGAUGUACUCAAGGAUGGGUUCUAUGAUGAAACAUUACAAAGGUGCUGUUACCGGUGUCCUUCAGGCUACGCUAAAAAGAAAUCAUGUCCCAUGGAUCCAGAUGAAGAUUGCAUGAGGUGUGGACCUGAGCAGUACCUGAAUGAAUCCCCAAAGCCACACUGUGACGCUUGUGUGUUAUGCACCAAAGAAUUUGACCUCGUGGAGAAGGUUCCCUGUGCCUUCAAUUCCAGCCGGGUGUGCGAGUGCCGACCAGGGAUGUUUUGCCAGACUGCUGCUAAGAACACCUGCAUGCGGUGCCAGCUGCACACUGCUUGCAAGCCUGGCUUUGGAGUCAAAAUCAGAGGCACCUCAGAGGCUGAUGUUUUAUGUGAAGAAUGCCCUCCUGGCACCUUCUCUGACCAAAGCUCCAGCACUGACAUCUGCAAGCCCCACACGGACUGUGCCAAGUUGAACAAAGUGGCACAAGGCAAAGGAAAUGCCACCCAUGAUCAGGUUUGCGUGGACCGAUCGCCCUCCUACCUCAACUCAGACACUUCCUCCACCAGAAACAGCAGUGAGACAAAUGACUCUGACAUCCUGAAGCCUGAAGCAACCCUGGUGACCCUUGCUAGCAUCCUUUCAAGUGCCACAACUGAAACUCCCAGCUCAACCCCCGAGGAGAAAGCUCUGGCUGGCACUUCUCCCACCUCAGCCAAGGGGGAGACAGCAACAAGAGGUCUUGUUUUCUGGGGAGCGGUUCUCUCUGUGAUGGUGCUGCCUGUGGGUUUGCUGUCAUUUUGGCAAUGGAAGGUCUGCAAGAAGCGGAUCCUCAUCCUCAAACAAAAACGUUCUGAUCUAGUGGACAAAUAUGCAAAGAUCACACUGACCACUGACAAAUGUCCAGAAGAAGAGGAGUUGACAGACAGAACCCUCCCUUUGGAAACCAACAACAACUUGAUCUCCAGUGCUGAAAAAGCAGGUAGUCCUGUUCUGGGUCUGACUGAAGUGACACAGAGCAAUGGAAAAGCCCCAGACUGCCCCAUUGAUUCUCGAGUGAGAGACCACACAAGCAAUCAAAUUGGAAAAAUAUUCAUCAUGAACGCUGAUACUGUUAUUGUGGGGUCUUCAAAAUCGCCUGAUAUCAAGAACUGUACAGCUAGGGGAUAUGAGAGUGAUGUUGAUAUCCAGGAAAAGAUGGAAGAGGAACUGCUGAUGCACUACCCAGAGCAGGAGACAGAGGUUUUUCCAGGGGAUGAUGUCAUGGUUCCUGUGGAAGAGGAGGGGAAGGAGUUCCAUCAUCCCACCACGGCCACUGAAAAGUGAUUGUCUGCUGGGAAGGUGUGUGAAGCUACAAAUACAUCCAGUGACACUAAGCCUGAAUCUACACUGAGGGAGGUAAACCCAGAGUGCCUUCCACAACAUGACAGCUCACGUUAAGCACCAAAAACAUUCAACUGAUGUCAUCCAAGUAAUGAGAUGACCAUCCAAACCACUGGUUUACAUUUCCUCCUUGCUCUCCCAGUGUCAUGCUGGAAACAAACUGGAAUCAAAGUUACAGAAUUCAGAGGACUUCUGGAUGUGAACUCCAGUUUCACAGCUUGCUUUGCCUGCAUGAAGGGAUGGAAUUAAAAUGGUUACUGCUAUUAGCUCUGAAAGUUCUGGCUGGAAUUCUGGGUUUACCUUGAGACCCAGCCAUGUUUCACAUUUGUUCUCCGUUGUACUUUAGGCCAAUCCUUCUGUUUGUUUUUAAGCCUGAUUUGCGUUUCUUCACAUCUCGAGGUCCCUUCCAGCCCAAGCCGUUCUGUGAUUAUGAAAUCAUUUGUAAGCACAGGAACCGUCCUCUUCUGAUUGGAGUCAGACUGGCUGAAUGGUUGGAUGUUGAAUGAAUGACUGGAUGGAGGGCAACACUGACUGCCAAAGGGGAAAAGAAGAACUGGUUUUCUACCAAAAACAAAUAGGCACAGCAAUAAUUUCCUUGAACAUUGUUAAUAUCUGCUUGUUUUAGAACUGUUUGUGUUCAUCAAAGUGACGCUGAUUUCUAUGUCUGUUCCUCAAAAACAAUUCUGCUUGGUUUUGUGGUCAGCUGCUCCAGGUUACGCGGUUUCAGGUCUCUUAAUGCUGCAUGUUUGAUAACUGUAAAUGCUGCAGUGCUGAUGGGGUUUUUGCACAAGAGCAAGGAAAAUGAACAGGGUGACAAAGUGUGCCUUAAGGGUCAGGAAAAAGGAACCACAAAAACAAUUUCCUUGUAGUUUUACCCUGGGCAGAGCACUGUGGUAACAGCAGUGCAACUUCUGAGUCUUGUCUGAGAGCCAACAAAAGGAAUAGGGAAGCAUAAAACCACCUCCUUAGGCCAGGCUCACUGUGCAAGGUACCUGAUAUUUUAUCCCUGUGCUAUUCAGGGAGAGCACUUAAGUACAGUUCAUAUCUGCUCUUGUCAUUCCUGCUUCUGCAGCAUCAGCUGGAACUGGGCUGAGGAUGUUUGAAGUUUGACUCAGCCUUUAGUAUUCUCACUGCCAUUGCUUGGUGUUUUAAUCUCUUAUGAUUUUCCUGGUGUAAUCUUCCUCCACGACCACCCCGUGACAGCAGAUUGUAGACAGAUUAUAGACAGAUUAUAGACUCAAUGUGUAAAGGAGUACUUAGAUACUGCUUUGAAGCUGACUUCUGACUGACUACAGUGAGUGCCACUAGUUCUUGUGUUACAGCAUGUAAUGCAAUGCAGUACUGAGUUGCCUUGAUGAUUCUUGCCUGUAUCCUCCCCAGCGUCCAAGCCUGCAUUCCUAUCAUUCUGUAUUUCUUAUCUAAGUUGUUUCAUUGCCUUCAUCACUGUAGUUGGCCUCAUCCUUAUCUUCUCUAACCUCACUGUGUUCUGCUGGAGAUCUGGAGACCUGAAACAUAUGUUUAAGAAGAGGAGAUGUACAUAUGUGUUGUUGUUACUCAUAGAAUGGCCUGGGUUGAAAGGCACCUCAAAGAUCAUCUGGUUUCAAACCCCCUCCUAUGGGCAGGGUCACCAACCACCAGACCAGGCUGCCCAGAGUUGUUGUCCUUGCAGAGGUGACUUCAGAAGACCGUUAAAGACAGGGAAGGAUGGAACAACAAGGGGGAAUGAUUCUAAAGUGGGGGGAAAAAAAGGAGAUGGGAGGUUGGAUAUUAAGAUGAAUUUCUUUGCUCAGAGGGCAGUGAGGCCCUGGUACUGCUGCCUAGAGAUGCCCCAUCUCUAUCCAAGGCCAUGGAUGGAGGCCUGGGCAGCCUGAGUUGGUGGGUGGGUCUUUAAGGUCCCUUCUAACCUGUGCCAUUCUAGGAUUUUUUUAAGCUUCUGCAUAGGACUGACCCCAGCACUCACUCUGAUAACCCCACUGCUACCUGUUCUCUAUCCUCAAAGAUGACUGUUGGGCUCUGCUCAACUCAACUUCCCGACUUUCCUAUCCCAUAAUCUUUUGGGAAAUCCUUAUAAGAAACCCUUAUAAUGGCCUUUCCUAAGCUGACUCUAGGAUGACUUUCUUUUAUUAAUCACCUCUUCGGAGGCUUUUUGCAAGUCUUCACAUGUUACACUGGAUGUCCUUCAUCCAUUCAACCUCACCAUAUAAGGGAACGUGUGUUAUACAGAUUUUAUGACUGAAGAAAUAAAUCACAAGAAAUUUAUGCUUU